AUGGGUCCUAAGCUAAUUCCAAGGCUCAAGGAAAUACAAAAGGACAAGGAUAAAGAAUCCAGUAGUACUGAUAUGAAAGACCUUGAAAAUUUUGAUAUUACCAAAGAACAACAGGAGGCAAUCCAAACUAACGCACGUGAUAUAAGUUUACUUUUAUAUGUAGUUAGCGAAGAAGAAUACGACAAGAUCUCAACGUGUGUGAUAGCAAAAGAAAUGUGGGACAAACUAGAGGUAACAUAUGAAGGAAACACAAAAGUCAAGAAGUCAAAAUUUUUUGCUCUUGUGAAUGAAUAUGAGUUAUUCAAAAUGGAGAAAAAUGAGGAUAUUAAAACAAUGUUCGAUAGAUUCAGCAAAAUUGUGUGCGAACUGAAGUCACUGGGGAUGAUCUACGCUCACAACCUGCAAGUCCACAAGCUUGUCCAAAGUCUCCCAAAGAUUUAG